AUGUAUGAAAAGCUGCCGGUGCCGUUCGGAUUGGUGCGCUAUGGGGUAGCACCCGACCACCCGGAGGUCAAGAACUGCGAGGAGAAAUUCACUGAAGUUGCAACAUCGCCACGUUUCAAUUUUAUUGGCAACGUCGAAGUGGGGGGAAACCUGUCGCUACAGAGCCUAAAACCGCACUACGAUGCCAUUCUCUUCUCAUACGGAGCGCCAAAGGACAAGGAGCUGGGAAUCCCCGGGGAAAAGGCCACCCGUAAUGUGUACUCCGCGCGGGAGUUUGUGGGCUGGUACAACGGCCUUCCGGAACACCGGGAUCUCGCUCCCGAUCUGACCGCAGGCGAGGAUGCGGUGAUCAUUGGACAGGGGAAUGUGGCCCUGGAUGUGGCUCGGAUCUUGCUGACUGACGUCGAUGUGUUGCGCAAGACCGACAUUGCGGACUACGCUGUUGAGCACUUGCUCACGAGUAAAAUCAAGCGGGUCCGCGUGGUCGGCCGACGAGGGCCAAUGCAGGCUGCAUUUACUAUAAAGGAACUUCGCGAACUGCUCCAACUUCCUUCCGUAUCUUUUGAUUCGGUCCCGCGGGAUUUACUUCCCCCGGAAGAGGUCAUGGCUGCCUUACCUAGGGCUCAGAAACGACUGAUCCAACUGCUGGCCAAGGGCUCAACCAAUGAUCCUGCGACGGCCACCAAGUCUUGGUCAUUAGACUUCCUCCUCUCCCCUGAGAGCAUUAACCACUCCCCGGUACAUCCCGAACGUCUAUCCAAUGUGACGUUUUCUCGCAAUGAGCUGGACCCGUCCGACCCAUAUCUGCCCACCUCCAAGGUCAACCCGAAAUACCUGCCAAACGGCGAACGGGCCCAAGUCGACAUCCCUGCCAGCACUUUUUUCCGCAGCGUCGGCUACCAGUCGAUCCCUCUCCCAGGAUUAGAAGAUCUGGAUAUCCCGUUUGAUACCCGACGUGGUGUCAUUCCCAACGACGGGUACGGCCGGGUCACCAGCCCCAAGCCCACUAGCGACACGGCGCGCCUACCAGACGGUUCUCUGCUGUCCCAUCUGCCCGGAAUCUAUUGUGCCGGCUGGGUCAAACGCGGCCCAACAGGCGUCAUUGCCACGACCAUGACAGACGCCUUCAGCACAGCCGACGCCAUAGCAGCCGACUUGAACGGCACCGGUCACACGAAGUAUCUUCUGAACCCACCCGCCGAGAGGACCGGCCUUGGAUGGGAGGGCGUCCGUCCUGAAGCGGAGAAGCGGGGCUUGCGACCUACCACCUGGCAGGAUUGGCAGCGGAUCGACGCUGCGGAGCGGGAGCGCGGACAGCAGAAGGACAAGAUCCGUGACAAAUUCGGCCGGGUCCAAGAGAUGUUGGACGUCAUCUCUUAA